AUGCCCCGUGCCCCUGCCACCAAGGGGAAGUUGCGAUGUCCGCUUUGCUUCGGCAACCACAGAAGCGAGGAUUGUCCCCGCCUGAUUGCAUUGCUGGGUGCGGCAAAGCAGGCCGGCGAGGCUAUGCCCGGUGCCCCUGCCACCAAGGGGAAGCCGCGAUGCCUGACGUGCUUUGGCAAUCAUAGAGGCGAGGAUUGUCCACGCCUGAUUGCGUUGCUGGGUGCGGCAAAGCAGGCCGGCGAGGCUAUGCUAGGUUCAUAUGCCUUCUUCACGACGACGAACGACAACGUCGAAGCCCUGCAGCGCGUCCAGUGGGUCUACCUAGCCAUUGGGAUCUGCGUCUUCUGCCUCGCGGGCGUUUUCUUCGUCUCGAAUAUUCCCGAAGUCACGGAUGAGGAUAUGGCAUUCCAAGUGGCAACGACUUAUGUCGAUGAGCAGGACAAGCCGUUUUGGAAGCAGUGGAUGUUGUUUCACGCUACGUUGGAAGGCAUCCUGACUUUCAGCGAGAACAGGAACACAAUGCUAAGAGCUAGUUUCAAGACUCUUUCCAGGGUCAGAUCAAAAUCCAUUCUACGGGAGUAG